AAUGUUGCCAUCCUCCUUGAGUGGAGGGUGAGACAUGUGGUAUAUAAACUCCCACUCUGAGUCUGCUCCUACUACUCUGGGUCUGGAAAGGCUAGGUUAGAAACCAGGGAUGAAGCUCCUUUUUGUAGCUGCCUUUGCACUCUUUGUGCUCUCUACCUUUGACAAGGCUGACUCCUCAGCGUAUGAUAAAAUCCUUGCCCACAGUCGCAUCAGGGCAAGAAAAGAAGGACCCAAUGUCUGCGCACUCCAGCAAGUCAUGGGAACCAAGAAGAAGUACUUUAGCACUUGUCGUAAUUGGUACCAAGGGGCCAUCUGUGGAAAGAAAGCGACUGUGCUUUAUGAGUGCUGCCCAGGGUACAUGAAGCUGGAAGGCAUGCGUGGUUGCCCUGCAGUGGCCCCAAUUGACCAUGUGUAUGGCACCUUGGGUCUGGUGAAGGCUACCUCAACCCAAAAAUACUCUGACAUUUCUAAGCUGAGGCCUGAGAUUGAGGGAUCUGGAUCAUACACCUUCUUUGCCCCUAGCAAUGAUGCCUGGGAGCUUGUGGAUGAGACAGUGAGGAGUGCACUGGUCAGCAAUGUCAACAUUGAACUGUACAAUGCUCUGCAUUAUCACAUGGCCAACAAACGCCUCUUGACCAAAGAUUUAAGGAAUGGAAUGACAGUCACCUCCAUGUACAAUGACCUUGGUCUCCAAAUUAAUCAUUACUCCAAUGGGGUGGUGACUGUGAACUGUGCCAGGAUUAUCCAUGGCAACCAGGUUGCCACCAAUGGUAUUGUGCAUGUUAUUGACCGUGUCAUCAGCUCUGUCGGAAGCACCAUCCAGGAUGUCCUCGAGGUUGACGAUGACCUGACAACUCUGAGUGAUGUGGCACAGAAGUCUGGACUCUUGGACAAGCUGGGUGAGCCAGGACAUUUCACUUUGUUUGCCCCCACCAAUGAAGCCUUUGAGAGCCUGGGCAGUGAUGUGCUGGAGAGGCUUCAGAGCGACAAGGAAGUCCUCAAAGCUCUUCUGAAUUUCCACCUCCUGAACUCAGUCCAGUGCUCUGAGGCCAUCAUGGCUGGCAGCUCUUAUGAGACCCUGGAGGGCAACAACAUUGAGAUUGGCUGUGAUGGUGACAGUUUAACAGUCAACGGCAUUAAGAUGGUGCUCAAGAAGGACAUUGUCACCACCAAUGGAGUCAUCCACCUUAUUGACCAAGUGCUCAUGCCAGACUCAGCUAAGCAGGUGAUGGAACUGCUGGGAAGUUCCCAGUCAACCUUUGCCGACUUGGUGUCUGAGCUGGGCCUUUCUGCUACCAUGAGACCAGACGCUGAGUACACUUUGCUGGCUCCCGUCAAUGCUGCCUUCAAUGAUGAAGUGAUGUCCAUGGAUCAGAGUUUGCUUGGGAUUAUCCUGGAGAACCACAUCUUGAAGAAUAAGGUUGUCCUGGGAGAGUUGUACAAUGGCCAGCAGCUGGAGACCAUUGGUGGAAAGUUUCUGAGGGUCUUCAUCUAUCGCACAGCUGUGUGCAUUGAGAAUUCCUGUCUGAUAAGAGGCAGCAAAGAAGGAAGCAAUGGGGCCCUUCAUCUCAUGAGGACUCUGUUGAAACCGGCGGAAAAAACUAUGUAUGAGAUUCUGACAGAAAAUGGAGGGUUCAAGGUCUUUUUGUCUUUGAUAGAAACUGCUGGCUUGACAGACCUGCUGAAACAAGAGGGAGAAUUUACUCUGUUUGCCCCAAGCGAUCAGGCUUUUGCUUCUUUGAGCGACCGUGAUUUGGAGUUUUUGAAGAGUGACAUAAAUGCCCUCAGAACCAUCCUUCUGUAUCACAUCAAUAAUGGUAUUUUCAUUGGCGGUGGUUUGGAGUCUGGGGUUACAAACCUUCUUAAAUCUCUCCAGGGCAGCAACCUCAAAGUGAUGUCUGCAAACAACACUGUGCUAGUGAAUUCUGUCCAAGUCCCUGAAUCUGACAUCAUGGCCACAAAUGGAGUCAUUCACUUUGUCAACCAAGUCUUGUAUCCUGGAGAUAUCCCUGUUGGAAGCACGGAUCUCCUCACACUAUUGAAGAAGCUCAUCACUUACAUGCAAAUUAAGUACAUUUCAGGAUUCAGAUAUCAGGAAAUUCCCCUCACAUUUAUGGUGACAAGGUAUGUCCAAGAGGAGCCCACCAUCACCAAGGUUACUAGAGUCAUUGAAACUGAGCCCACCAUCACCAAGGUGACCAGGGUCAUUGAAGCUGAACCUCCCAUCACCAAAGUCACCAGGAUAGUUUCAGGCCCUCAGUACUCAGUCAGUACCGGCACCAACAACAUAGCCCUGGAAGGAGUUGACCUUUCAGAAAUUGGCACCAUUGAAACGAACCCUAAUUUUGAUGCUGACAGUCUUACCAAAAUGAUCCAAGCAGGCAGUUCAAGAAGAACCGCUUCACGAAGAAAUUUGGCUGGCAACAGGAGAAGGGGAAGAGACUGAGCAUGGACGGAUGAGAAUAUCAACGUAAAAGCAGAGAGACACCGAACCCAGAGGUUGAAACUGGUGUUUUAAUACAGGGGAUACAUUUAAAAUGACAGUGAUUUCAAAUAUACUGUAAUAGGUAUAACUGACAAAAAUAAAACUAUUCUCAUAAACAAUUGAAUGGUGCUUUGAAUGUAUAUCUAAUGAGUGUGCAAUGUCUGCGAAGAGUCUUUCUUCAGCAUAUGUACUGUAAACAGAGUUCAAAUGAACAUUUUUGCAUGACUUUAAAGACAUGGAGCAAGUCAGGGUAGCAAUCAAAUCUUUUAAAUCCAAGCCAUUAGAGUAGCAAUUAAAACAUUUAAAUUCUAAACUUUUCUGUGCUUUCUUUGCUAGGGGUUAUGGUUAAACAAGAAGAUUUAAUAGCUGUUUGGGAGGAUCUCAGCAUGAUUAAGAUUGAAAAAAAAUAAUGAUGUGUUUCCAGACUUUAACUGUUAAAUUGUUUAUUUUCUUUGGCUGUUAGUUGUUUAGGGCUUUUUGUCUUUGUGUGUAUCACUUGGAAAAAUGUAUCCAGUUGCAGGCUUUCUAUUUUCCAAAGAUUUUCCAAUAAAGUGCAUUCUUUGAUAUAAAUAUGCCAAUUUGAAAAGGGCAUCUGAUGAUGGUGGUUUGGAGUAAUUUGUAAGUAAGUAGUCAAGUAAUCAACAUUGGUUUAGAAAAGAGAGUUCAGAGAGAGUCUAAAGUCUUAAGUACCAAAUAUCAGAUCUAACUAUUAUGUCUGCAUUUUGGUUUUCCCAGUUUUUCCAAGUACAUGGUCUUUAAAUUAGACUCUAAGAUUCCUGUAUCAUCCUUUUCAAUGGCCUAGUCAUUAUACCUAAUGUUUAAAAGGGAGCCUGGCAGUCCACUUAAGGUUCAAGAGGAAAUUUAAAAUAUGAAAUAAACUGGGUUUGAUGUGUAAA